AUGAGGAUAUUGAUGUUCUUCAUUGUAUUAUACUUAGGAGGGGGAUGUUGCGGCGAAGAGGCAGUUGAAGAAGAGUUAGAGAGCGUCUACAAGAGCCUGAUGAGGAGAGUUUUGGAAUGUAUCCUGAUACCUUAUAUGUGUGGAAGGCGGGUGGGAGAGAUGAGUUACCCGAAUCCGGAAGUUAUGGCGUCGUACUUUAGGAAAGAAGGCGGCGCCUCCGAGGAUGAGCUUAAGGAGGACAAAGAGCGGGAGGGGGAGGUCUAG